CGUUUUUUUUCUGGGUUUUUAAGAGACGGAGCUCCAUAAUUGUUCUCCAACUUUGAUAUUUGAUUGUAAUUUUUUCCUUUCUUGGGUUAUUUUUUGUUAUAUUCAGUGUUCAGUGUGUUUGAAUUGAUGGAUUUGGGGUGUGCGUUUUCUGGGGGGAAUUUUCUGUAAUUGUAGCUACCCUAUUGUGUUGUAAAACGAGAUAAAUAGACAAAUAAGAAGGUAAAGGAGUUGAUUUUGUGUGGAGAAUUUGGAAGCAGGGUGUUUAUUGUUAUGGUUCCUAGUUAAAGAUUAUGAUUUUUGUGCUUGUGAUAACUAGGCAGCUAAGUAUUAAUCUUUUCCAUUUUCAUUGUUAUCUUUCUCUGGACUUGUUUUAUAUAUGUAUUCAAUUUAAUUCAUUUGAAAUUUUUAAUUGGAACUAGGCUAUUGCAGGCUAUGUUGAACCCUUAAGUGUCAAUUUUGUUCGAAGGCUGCUGCCGCCAAUUUUUAAGAUUGGUGAUUAGUCUAGGCCUUCUGUCAGAUUUUACGUUCUUUGCUACAGAGUAACAAGUUUAAAUACCUGAGCAUUUCUAUAGCUUGCACGUCACUUCCACUUUUAAUGCCUCCGGUUAUUACUUAAUUUUCAUUGUGUUACCAUGAUAAACAGUUUCCAGGUGCACAUCCUGGGUUGAUCUUACUGGUAAUUGCUGCCUUUUUUUUUUCUUUUUCCUGCUGUGAGUCGUAUAGAUGCUCAGAUUAAUUUGGCUAAAAGGGUUGCUUGUUUAAGCAAAAUUUCUUUUGGUGGAAUGGAUGCCCUGAUGAAAUUAAUGCAGGAUUAAGUACUAAGACAGCGAGAAAGAUUCAAGGGAGAAGUGAACAAACACAUCUAACGGUUAACGUUUUAGUAUCUCGUCAACUGCUUUUGUUAGUUCCGUGUUUACAACUGUGUUGUUAGUUUCAAAUUUGUUGGCAUCACUAUGGAACUGGAAUCAUGAAUUAUCUUUAUAUGUUAUUUGCUUGCGGCUGCAGGUUACAAGGUUUAGAAGCUGGCUUUUGAUCAAAUCAUUUGCCAUUCAACACAAUUGAUAAUUACUAUGGUGCUGGGCCAUGUUACCUUGUAGCAAGAUAUGUUUUGUCUUGAUUGCAUCUGUUCAACAAUUUUCAACAGAUAGUUUUGAGCAGGUUUGCAGUAAAUGUCAUUUUCACAACCAUCCCUUCUCGGAGCAAAGACUCAGGAUUGCAUUCCAUAUACAUACUUACUAAGAGGGAACUAACAUGCUAGCAGCUGCCCAGAUUCGCCCAGCCAUUCACAUCUCUGAUAGAAGUAGCUCUAUCAACCUAAGUUGUCCAGGAAAGAUUACAUUUUUGCAUCUCAGGCAACUUACCCAGAAAGUCUGUUUAUCUGAGGCGGCUAGGACUCACAGCCUUGUCAAACAAAGCAAGUUUUUUGUUCUAAAUACAGAAGAUGGUCAUCCAAGUGCCGCGGUGUCUGAAGAAGAAGCCAGUGAAGUUCCAGUAUUGAACAAUGAAUCAAUUACAUUCCUGAGUCAAUGGUCACCUCCUAGGUACUUAUGGAGAGGAUUAUCUGUUCUAAUCUUGACGGGUCAGGUGAUCAUUAGGACCAUGAAGUGCAAAAUUCACUGGAAAAACACCCUCCAACAACUAGAGAGAGUCGGACCCAAAUCACUUGGUGUCUGUCUCUUGACCUCGGCUUUUGUUGGCAUGGCCUUCACCAUCCAAUUUGUGAGGGAAUUUACCAGAUUGGGGCUGAAUAGAUCUGUUGGCGGUGUUUUGGCCCUCGCCUUUGCAAGGGAGCUGAGUCCCGUCGUCACGUCAAUUGUUGUUGCAGGACGUAUUGGAAGUGCCUUUGCUGCAGAAUUAGGCACAAUGCAGGUAUCUGAGCAAACUGACACAUUGAGAGUUCUUGGAGCAGAUCCGGUUGAUUAUCUGGUGACCCCAAGAGUGCUAGCUUCCUGUAUUGCCCUUCCAUUUUUAACUCUGAUGUGUUUUACGGUAGGGAUGGCAUCAAGUGCACUCCUAGCCGAUGGUGUUUAUGGCAUCAGCAUCAACAUUAUCUUAGAUUCUGCUCAAAGAGCUCUCAAAUCAUGGGAUAUAAUCAGCGCAAUGAUAAAGUCGCAGGUCUUUGGCGCAAUAAUCUCUGUUGUGAGCUGUGCAUGGGGUGUUACCACUUUGGGAGGUGCCAAAGGCGUUGGAGAGUCGACUACGUCAGCCGUGGUUGUCUCUCUUGUUGGAAUCUUUAUUGCAGAUUUCGCCCUCUCUUAUUGCUUCUUCCAAGGAGCUGGAGAUUCACUGAAGAAUUGUAUGUAAUAAUCAUAGAGCUUCCCUUAGCUUUUGUAGUCCAUAGUACACCUCCCUUUUUGUCUGAAUGUCUAAGAGAACACCUUUUCAUCAAAAUAUGCUAUUGAAUAUCGGAAUUCAAUUUUUUCGGACCAAUUUAUAAUCUACUCCUGUUUUUUUUGA